AUGGUGACUCCCAAUCUUCCAUGGGAACUGGAAUCAGAAAUGCUUUCUAGGGUUCCACCCACAUCUGCUAAACAGCUCCGAUUAACUUGUAAACGAUGGUACGCUUUAUUCAAAGAUCCUAUAUUUAUCAAGAACCACUUGGGCAAAGCAGGAACACAGAUGAUCUUAAAGAAUGAUGACUUAGUUUAUUCAUUCAGCUUCGGUUUCCACGGAUAUGAUCAAGUCAUUAAGUUUACAGGUAAACUUAAGAGGCUAAAUAAUUCAGAAGAUGUCAAGAUAUCUACAAUCUCUCACUGUAAAGGUUUAUUAUUAUGCACGACCGAAGACGAUAGACUCGUGGUUGGGAACCCUUGUACUGGUCAAACCAGGUGGAUCCAGUUGAAACCAUCUAGUAUCAGUUACGCAAAGUCCUUUCGGUAUCAUUUAGGAUACGAAAACAACAACAAAUCGUGGGAGAGUUACAAAGUCUUGAGCUGUAGCCAUUAUCAUCACAAGACUCCAGGUGGCUGUGUUAGACAAGGUGCCUUUGAAAUAUACGAGUUCAACUCUGAUUCAUGGAGGGUUACUGAUGCUAUUAGUGGUGACUGGUCUUUUCUCUGGGGCGUUGCCAAGUCUUUAAAGGGAGAUAGUUACUGGUUAGAUACAGGGUAUGAAGACCCUAUGAAUAAUUGUAUACAAAGAUUUGAUUUCACAGCGGAGAAAUUGGAACGUCUCUCUCUUCCAUGUCAGGGUGACGAGCAUAGUGAAGUUUUAUCUUCUGUAAGAGAAGAGAAACUUGCGUUGUUGUGCCAGUACUACUCACGUAAUACAGGUUCAUUUAUGAAGAUAUGGUUGACCAAUACUAAUACUGAUGAGGCCAAAGAUUUUUCGUGGAGCGAAUUCUUAGUAGUCGAUUUUGGUAUGGUAGAUAGGCCGGUGGUGAGGAGUUUAUUGGUGGACGAGGAGAAUAAAAAAGUUAUGUGUUGUGAUACAUACUAUCUCAAUUACGAUGAACCGAGGACCAGAAUUUACAUUGCUGGAGAGGAUAUAUAUACACAAAAAUGUCUUUAG